UUGGUGUGAUUACUUUGCUGAUAACAUAGAAGUAGUGUAUUAUUGCAUUACAGUAUUUCAUCUUUACUGUACGCACCGAAAAAUAGUGGAAUUGCCCACUAUAGAGGUCAAGUGGCACACUAGUUCAUCGAGUGUAGAGGUCAUGUAAACACAUUAAUUUCUUAAUUUCCGUUUGUGCUGCAAGACAGAAUGACUACUAUCACAUACUUCGUGUUGCUUAUGCGGUGUAGUACAUCUACAUCUAUACUCCACAAAUCAUUGUGAGGUACAUGGAAGAGGGUAUGUCCCAUUGUACCAGUUAUUAGGGUUUGUUCCCAUUCCAUUCAUGUAUGGAAUGUGGGAAUAAUGAUUGUUGAAGGCCUCUGUGCAUGCUGUAAUUAUUCUCCUCAUGGCCCCUAUGUGAGCGAUGGGGGAUUGUAGUAUAUUCUUAGAGUCAGCAUUUAAAGUUGGUUCAUGAAAAUUUGUAAAGAGACUGUCUAGAGAUAGUUUACAUCUAUCUUCAAGAGGCUUCAGUUCAGUUCCUCCGGUAUCUUUGUGAGACUCUUCCAUGGAUUAAACAAUCCUGUGACCAUUUGUGCUGCCCUUCUCUUUAUGCAUUCCAUAUCCCCUGGUGCUCCUAUUUGGUAUUGGUUCCAUACACUUGAGAAAUAUUCUAGGAUGGGUCACAUGAGUGAUUUGUAAGCAAUCACCUUUUUAGACUGAUUGCUCUUCCCCAGUAUUUUACCAAUAAACUGAAGUCUACCUCCUGCUUUACCAAUGAUUGAGCCUAUGUGAUCACUCCCUUUCAUAUCCCUACAGAGUGGUACACCCAGAUAUUUGAGUGCGUUAGCAAAUUCCAACAGUAAAUGUCUUCAAAUAUGGGAUCCAUAUCUACUUCUAACACUGAGUGGUUAAAUUGGUUUCUCCAAACCGGUUCCUAACUGUCAACAUGUAUACUCAAACAAUGAUACUGCAGAAUUCUCCCUCCAUGCUUUAUGAGUCCUGGAAUUUCUCUAGUGAUGUCACUGGAAAUGUGUGGCUUUCAUUAACUGAAUGAUCAAAACAGAAAAGGAACAUGAUGGAAAAACACGAGACAGGUGGACCAGACAUGAAAAUGUCAUCUCGUACGAUGUUUAUCAGUCAGGAGGCACCUGCAAAUGCCCUUGCUCUCAAUAAAGACAAUACUCAAGUUGUAAUAGCUGGAAGAAAUGUUUUCAAGAUAUUCACCAUAAAGGAAGAAGAAUUUGAAGAGACAUGCAAUUUACGAGUUGGCAAGAAUCUUAACCUAAAUUUCUCUUGUAAUGAUGUUGCAUGGAAUGCAGCUGAAGACCAUAUUUUAGCAACUGCUGCAACAAAUGGGGCAGUAGUUGUAUGGAAUUUGAACCGUCCUUCAAGAUCGAAACAAGACCAUGUGUUUAUUGAUCACAAACGUACAGUAAACAAAGUUAGUUUCCAUCCGGCUGAGUCAACCUGGCUUAUAUCUGGGUCACAAGAUGGAACAAUGAAGUGUUUUGAUCUGAGAACACGAGAAACUGCCAGAACAUACCACAGCAACACUGAAAGUGUAAGAGAUGUACAAUUCAGCCCACACAUUCACCACAUGUUUGCUGCUGUGUCUGAGAAUGGCAAUGUGCAGCUCUGGGAUAUCAGGCGUCCUGACCGCUGCUGCCAUCAGUUUACAGCACAUAGUGGUCCUGUCUUUGCCUGUGAUUGGCAUCCAGAAGUGACAUGGCUAGCUACUGCCAGCAGAGACAAAACUAUAAAGGUAUGGAAUCUGAAUGCCAAACCAACACUUGAGUACACAGUUCCUACAAUAGCAUCUGUGGGUCAUAUAAAGUGGCGUCCACAGCGAAAAUUUCACAUUGCCAGCUGUGCACUUGUUGUUGAUUGUAGCAUAAAUGUUUGGGAUGUUCGUAGGCCUUACAUACCUUAUGCUGCAUUCAAUGAACAUAAAGAUGUUGCAACAGAUGUCGCAUGGUGCGGUAAUCCACACACAUUUGUCUCCACAAGCAGGGAUUGCACACUGUACCACCAUAUAUUUCAAGAUGCUACACGACCUGCAAAUAGAGCUAAUCCUCAGUGUAUAGCUUUCAACAAAUGCGGAGAUGUUUCAUAUGCUUGCAAAGUGAAUGUAAAUCAAAACUAUGGUGGGAAGCAAGGUGGUGUAAGGAAAGUUGUGCCACAUAGUGAACAAUUUUACCAAGCUUCGAGCAAUAUGUUCAUGUUUAAUAACAGCUCCAUCCGUGAAACACACUGGUUUUGUGAGUCAGCUCGUCGAUACAUUCUUACAGGACGUACCCUAGUGGAAAUGUGUGAACAUAACGCUGCUGUAGCAAAAAGCCUAGGUAGAACUAAUGUCAGUGUUGUGUGGAAUCUGGUAAAAACUCUAUAUGCAAGUUCCGAUCAACUGCAGGCACCAUUACCAGUUGGGUGUAAUGUUUCACGGGAUGAGUCAGUCUUGAGUGUCGACAUGGUAGAUGGAGAUCAGCGUACUGAAACACCAACAGUUGUAACAGUGCCACAAGCCAGUGGUGAUGAUGAAACUGAGACUGAUGAAACUCCUGACCUGCCAAGGAGGGCUGCUUUCUCGGCUCUCACACCAUCUCAAGGAGACUUUUUCUUUGGUGAGGGUGAGCUGGCAUUAUUAGAUUUUGAACAGUUGACUAGCAACACCAUGGUUGGGCAGCAAGAUUGGACACUACCAAAUGAAGCAUUCCAGGUCCGGCAUGAAAUUCAAGAUCGCUCACCUCCACCGGAACAAUUUCCUAAUCACUCUCCAACAGAAAAUUUAGAUGGUGUCCUUGGACCGCUGCUGCCAGAAGAAUCAUCUGGACACCCUGUUCUGAGUGUCCCCAAUGUGCCUCGGCCACAGCCAUUGGAUCCAUCAGCCAUUGUUGUGGAUGCACUUCGACAUCAUGCUGAGCUUGGCGAUGUCCAGACAGCAGUCUGCGUCCUAGCUGUCUUAGGUGACAGAAUUCGUCGUCAGUUGUCCAGCAUGUUGACAACAGUUGAGCAAGAAACUUGGCUUCUAGGUUACCUGGACUCUUUAUCACGGAGGCGACAGUGGAUAGCAUCAGCACAUUUGACUCAACUGUCUUGGAUCUCAGCAGUUUCACGUGCAAGUCAGCGUUCAACAACUGUGUAUUCUAGUUGCUCGACUUGUCGUAAACCUCUACAACGCGCGGGCUGGCUUUGUGACCGUUGUGGACGACGACCUGCAGCAUGUGCAGUCUGCCAUAGAACAGUCCGUGGAUUGUAUGCAUGGUGCCAAGGCUGUGCACACGGUGGUCACAUCAUGCCUUGCUUGCAACAGUGGUGGGAAAAUGAUGAUCGUCGUGAAUGCCCUGCUGGUUGUGGGCAUAUUUGUCAGUAUAACUGAAUAUUAAAUAUUGUAAGUAAAUUAAGCACUAAAGAGUUUUUUUGUUAAUUUUUUUGUAUAGUGGUAAACAACAUAUGAACUUGUUGACAAGUCCGCAGCACAUUAAUGUUACUAUUAAAUUUAACUUGAAUUACUGCAUCCAACAAGCUCUUUUCAUGCUGUGUGUGCAUAGUGCCUCAGCCCCCUUUCCAAGAAAACACACACAGAGAGAGAGAGAGAGAGAGAGAGAGGGGGGGGGGGGGAAGAGUGUUUAAUCUGUGAUUUUGUUUGCAGAAGUUAUAACGAUAAAUUUUGUCAUUAUUAAGCUAUUACUUUAGAGGAUCCUGCAGGCAGAGAUCAUUAUCAGACAAACUGAAAUCAUGACAAUUUAUACAGGUAUUAGCUGGUAGAAGGCUAGUAUCCUUCCUAACUUUUAACCACAUAGAAGUUUUGUUGGCUAAAAUAAUAUUAAGUUUGAUUUCCUUGUUGUGUGGCUGUUUUAAGUUGCAUUCAAGGUGCUGAACUAAAUUUGUAAAAUCAUUGUUGAAAAUUGUAAUGAUUAUUAUUUAUUGUAACUAUCCUACUACAACACCUAUGAGCUGUGAUGUUGUAGUUGUAGGAUGAAAAUUAUCUGUUUAUAUAUUCUUUAGCCAUCAUUUUUGAUGCAUGGAAAUUAAGUGUUAAAGAUAAUAUACAGGUUGAUUAUGUGAUGAUGAUACAAGCUUUCAGUGAUGUUGGAGACGGGUAAAAGUAUAAAUUUAAGUUAAGGGGCCCUGAUCAGGGAACAACCGAGUCAAAAGUUAUAAGUGAAAAUCGUUCUCAGAGCUGUGACAGUGCAAUACAUGUACCAGUACCUUUGCUAAUAUUGUGGGGCAGACAACUUUCAGAGGUGGUAGUAUGGACUGAAACAAGAAAACAAUGUCUAGCAAACAUGGGCCCUAAAAUGCACACCUUAAGGGGCUCCGGAACGCCCUAUACUUGCAAUGUUAAAAUAACGCUUAUAAAUUACAUCUUUCCUCACAAAGUAUUUGAGGUAGGAAGUUGAACUUUUUACAGAUUAUUUAUUGGAAUAUGGGCUACAACUUAACAAAGGGAUUUUACAAAAUUUUAGUUCAGUUAUUAAAGAUGAUUUUUUUUCAAUUGUAAUGAAAAUUCACAACAUUUUUUUUGCAAUUUUUUAUUUAUAUAUUCAAAAAUAUACAGUUUUUUGGAAAAAGGCUGUGUUAAAUUAUGCAGAAGGUACUGUGUAACAUUUACUGAAAGUUUGAAACAAAUAUGUUUGGAAGAUCCUUAGAAAACAUGUAAUUAGUAUGAGAAAAUAAAAGUUUUGGGAAUCGAGCGACAAAGAUUGGAUUAACUUUUUAGUGCAUUCCAGGUCCAUAGGAUGGAUUAUCUUCAUCCUCUGCAAACUCCUCCUCCAGCUUCCUCUUGUUCCUCCUCCUGUUUACUCUUGCUUGUAUUUCUAGACUCUUUACAGCCCAGUCUGCAGCCCGAAGGCAUUCCUUGUCUAAAGCAAGCAUCGCUCGUACCAUGUUAGAACCUAUCUUCAUUCCCAUAUUUCUAAAUACCUUUGGCUUUCCAACAUUUCUCCUUUUCUUAAAAGCCUUCAGAGGAUUUCUAAUAACUUUACUUUUACUCAUUAUUAUACUUCAACAAAACAGAGACUCAAGAAACAGAAUUAAUUACGAAUAUUUUCGAGAUAACGACAGAGUAAAUAAACAUGAAACAAUCGACAAUCACACCAGCGAUAUAUACUGAACCAUCACAGGUUAGCCACAACACAUACUUUAUCUCACAUCACUAAAAUGUACCUGAUGAACACGGACGUUAAUAAUAACACCAUUUGACAGCAGUUUAACAGCGCCACAGUGGGUCACGUCCAUGUAGAACACAUUUCAAAAAAAAUUUAAAAAUAUUUGUAGUCUUCGGAAUUGAAUAAAUUAUAUAUCUAUUAAAAGGUAAUAGUCUGCAGAUUCAGAAAACGCAAAAAAGUAAAAAUUGAACUUUUCAUGAUUUUGAGCCUUUCCGGAGCCCCUUAAGAGCUAUGAGCACUUGUUCAUCUGUGAUACUUUGUAACACAUCUCUUCUACUACAAGCUCUUUGGUUCCUAUGUUUUUUGGAAGUAAUGUGGAUCAGAGAAGAAAAAAUCCAGUAAAUAUAGGAUCUAAAAUGCAUACUGUAAAAGGUAUAGCUUCAGUAAAAGAAUAACAAUGAUGAAAAUACCUGGAUUGAAAAAUACGUAGAAUAAGGGAAAGGCAACUACUUAAGUAUAGAGGACUGCUGUACAGCACACAGAAAACAGACGACACUAGCUUUUGAGCUCUUGCUCUUUUUCCAGUAAGAGUACAAACACUCACACACACAACCACACAGACACCUGAACACACACGCUCAUCGUAACAGCAAGACUGCUACCCUGAGUAUGUACGAACAGUUAUACACUUACCCUCUCCAUCUUCCUUGAAAGUUUGUAACAUCAUCACUGAACUGCCCCCUAUGCUUGAUAACAUCUUCAUUGUUUCACAAUGUUUUUAUGCACUCAUUUGGGGAGAGCAGCAUUUAACAAAGUUUUAUGGAAGUUUUAUUUGUUCUCAUCUGAUUUUUAAUUCUUUACAUCAAAUAAAGACUCAGCUUCACCACUUCAUUUUAUCAAAAUCACUUUGCAAACUUAUUCAUAACAUAAUGAAUGCUGUCAGAACUUGUGUGAUAAUGAGAGAAUAAAUAUUACUGGCAUAUGUUGCCCCAUCCUUCUAGCUGUAUAAUAUGUAUGCAAUAAAAAUGAUGACAUCUAAGUAGUGCUG